AAGGAGCUGUGUCCGCUUAAAGUCGAGGUCUUGAGUGCUUAAGAAAUGGUCUUUGCACCAUUUUAAAGUUCAGGUGACUGACUUUAUCAGAGGUUGAAUUGCAAUAUUAAGCACGGGAUAUUAUUAACCCAUUACAAUUACUUACGUUGACCAUGAGCUGCACUUGACUGACUGACCUCGCCAGCACUGAGCUCUCUGUAACACUGAGCUUGCACUCAAAUCUCGGGUGCCUCAAUGGAGUGACAACCGCUCGACAUAGUUCUUUCUAGAAGCAUUUACAUUGAGCGCAGCAGCUUCCUUCCUGUGUGUUCAAUUAAUUUGCUGAACACUUGUGUAAUUACAAUACAGUGUAAUAUAUAAGUCGUUUGGUAUGCAUUGCCAUAAAAAAAACCGUGCUUUCCUGGUGUUACAAAUUACCAUGCUCAACAUACAUUAGGAAAAGUGGACUGUGCCCUCCAGAUCUAACUGCUGUCUUAUGGACUGUAAUCCUUGGCUAAAAGAUAUUAAUAUCUGUACACUGCUGCUAAUAGGAUUGACUUGAGGGUUAUGUAUCAGAACACAGGCUUAGUGUUGCCCUGUAUCACAUUGUACAUACAGCAGACAUAACUGAUUGUUCAGUCUUGGAUCUCAUCUGAAUGAAAGGCCCACAGAUAGCAGUUCGGGGGGAGACGGUGAAGGCAAUGGUUUUCAGCGACACUGCCCUGAUCAGGAUGCAGAAACAGAUGAGGAGAAAAGUACUCUGUACCAAAGACUCCAAAGGGGGGCGGACGAGAAACAGAGAUCCGUCUCCUCGAGGCAAGAAAACGGAGGAGCGGCGAAGCAGGAAAGAGAUGGAGCACAAGGACAGGAAGGACCAGGAUAAGGAGAGGGAGGAGCCGCAGGUGAAGCUCACCCCCUUCGAGAAGGUGACCUCUGACAUGGUGCACAACGAGAAGGUGGUAGAGGAGAUCACGCUGGGCCGGCGAAUGGGAUUCUAUCAGAUCCGCGGAGAAAUCGGCUCCGGGAACUUCUCUCAGGUCAAACUGGGAAUUCACGUGCUGACAAAGGAAAAGGUUGCUAUCAAGAUCUUGGAUAAGUCCCGUCUGGAUAAGAAGUCCCAGAGUCUGUUUGACUCCGAGAUCGCCUGCAUGGAGAAGCUCUCCCACCCCAACAUCAUCCGGCUGUACGAGGUGCUGGAGACUCUGAACCGGCUGCACCUUGUCAUGGAGUACGCGGGCGGCGGGGAGCUCUUCACCAGGAUCAGCACCAGGGGGCGCCUCUCGGACCUGGAGAGCAAGCUGGUCUUUUCACAAGUCAUCUCAGCAGUCAAGCACAUGCACGACAUCAACGUGAUCCACAGGGACCUAAAAGCAGAGAACAUCUUCUACACUGCGAGCUACUGCGUCAAGGUGGGAGAUUUUGGUUUCAGCACGACCUGCGGCCCUAACGACCUCCUGAACACCUUCUGUGGCUCCCCCCCUUACGCGGCCCCUGAACUCUUCCGGGAAAAGGGCUACUUAGGGAGGUACGUGGACAUCUGGGCACUCGGCAUAGUCCUCUACUUCAUGGUCACUGCCACCAUGCCUUUCCAUGCAGACAACCUGGGCAGGCUGAAACGCUGCAUCCUGCAGGGCUCCUACACCAUCCCGGCCCACGUUCCGGAGCAGUGCCAGCAGGUGAUCAAAGGCAUCCUGCGUCCCGUGCCGGUGGACCGCUCCUCCAUCGCUCAGGUGAUGUCCAGCCCCUGGCUCAAGGGGAUCGAGUUCCCCCAGCCAUACCAGCCCUUCCUUCUCACCCCGGCUCACCUGGCAGACUGCGUGCCCAAGCAAACGGAGGAGCAGGAGGUGAAGAACGCCCUGCUGGAGCUGGGGAUCACUGACGCUCACAUCCAGAACAACGGCUUCAGAGACUCCCAGAGCUCCAUCACCGGUAUCUACCGCAUCCUGCUGUACCGCGUGCAGAAGAGGAGGUUCGUGGAAGCGGUGGGCUUCGCUGCGGAGUGUCCCGACUUCCGAUCAAGGAAAGGCUGGAGCAAGAACCUGGCAGUGGACAAGCUGACUGCAUCCACCGUCUGCGUGAUUCUCUGAAUGCGCGUUACAGCACGCUGCACGUGCGAAUAAAUAGAAUGUAAUAGCAUGUAUUUAUUUAACAUUUAUUUUGCAGAUUUUAUCAGGAACGUUUUGCCAAGGCAUAAUAAAGUUCAUAUCCCAGUAAUUAUAAUAAUAUAAUUUUUUUUCACAGGUUCUUAAGUUGAAUCAGCUUCAUCCUCGCUGUCUGGGUUCUUGCCUCUAAUCAGCAUGACCUGCAGCACAGGAUGUGAUACUUACCUGGAAGUUGCAGUUUAGAAAUUCAUAGCGUUGAAGACAGAUCUUCAUAAGAUAACACUUUACAUUAAGUGUCUCUAAUUACUGUGUAUUUACAUAGUAGUCACAUAGUAAAAUACAUGUGUACUUCCACAUAAUUACAAUGUUUUUAUGCAUAGUUACAAUGUCCUUAAAGUGUAAAUCUUUAUGUACGAUAUAUGUAAGUACACAAUUGUAUCAGAAAGGGGUUAGGGUUAGGGGGGAUUAGGAAUAGGGUUAGGGUUAGGGUUAUAUCAUGCAAAAUGAUUUACUCAUUAAGUACAUUGUACCACAUGUAUUUGCUAAGUAUCUGCUAUAUAAGCAUACAGUAAUCAGAGACACUUAAUGUAAAGUGUUGCCCUUCAUAACAAGAAAUAAGUGAGUGAUAAUGAUGCGAAUAAGAAGAACAUGGAUUUUAAAGCCUUGGUUUUUUUACAUAGCCGGACAAAAUAGCAAUGCUUCUUUACUGAGUGACCAAUAGAAAAAAACUAAAAUGUUAACGAGAAGACAUCUUUAGUCUUUCUGGUUUGUGUUUUUCGAUGUGUUUUUUUUUUCAAUCUAAUAAAAGAGACACGAUUUCCUUUAUCAACAUGGAUACAGCAUGGGUCUUAUUGUAAGAUAGUCCCACAAUUGUUGCUGGACUUGUUUAUUUGUAUAUAACUUAGAACAAAGAGUGACGUGCAAUAUGAUUUUUAUAUAUAUGGUUUUUUUUCUAUACAUGUGACUUUAGUGAACCACGAUUUCCAAAUGCAUUCAAUAUCAAUUGUGCUGAAGCAGGCCUGUUUUUCACUUGUUAAAUACAGUAUCUGGAACGAGAAAAGUACUGAGGCGGAAUAUCAAGUCACCAGCAGGGGGAGCUGUGUUACCAGUUUUCUUCAGUGGAUUCCAAGUUAUAUUACAAUGGAAGGCAGGAGCAGAACACCUCGUGUGAAACUGCUAGGAAUAUUCACCGGAUGUUUAAGGUUAGAUAAGUACAUCACAUAUAUAUUAAAGCCAUUUCCUCUUGAAGAUAACUGAAAAGUUAACAAUACACCAUGAACGCCUUUUCCAGUAACCCUUAUCAUAAUCGCUGGCUGUUACGUUGGUUUCAUUCUCAACCCACACUUUACCACCUUACACAUGAGAAAUUAGAGUCAUAAAUUGUAAUGGUCCUACAUGCGAUAGUGCAGAACCCCCUUUUAUUUUACUAUUGCUGUACCUUUGGCAGCACAUCAUGGAAACCCGUCCUGGCACAUCCUGUACCAUAAAAAAAAAAAAUACUUCACAGGUAUUUGCAAGUUUUUACUAGUUACUAUUUUCAUUAAAAACAAAAAGAAAAUAAAUCUCGCUUUAAUGUGUUUCAACAGACUUCAAUCUGCGUUUUGCAACACUUUUUUUUGCCACUUUAUCUAUAUAUAUAAUUUACUGCUGAUAAUUCCAGCAAUGACUGCUAGUGGGUUAUCUGGUGACAUGCUGGUUUUAAGAGACAGUAUACUGAUAACACAAAAAGGAGUUCAAACACAUACAUAAUAACUUAAUAGUUACACUGUACUUGAAAGGAUAAAAAGACUUAAGAGUUUAUCAUAUUAUAACCAAAUGCAUAGAAGUGUAUGAUAAGAAAAGUUGGGUUAAGAUUAAUGCAGAAUCAAGGCAGUAUUGUGUUCGCCAGGCAGAGUGUGACAGACGAACACAAUCAGUCAACUACUGUAAAGUUACAGUAAAACUGUAUAGCCAAUUGCUUGUUGCUUCCACUCCUUAUUGAAUCUAAUUGCUGGAGAAAUCUGCCUUAUCUAUUCGGAAUGCUGGGAUUUUCAGAUGGAAUUUUCAACAGGGUUCCAACAAUCUUCAGAACCUCAGCUGGUUCCAAUAGAACUUCCAGCAGAAAAAAAAAAAACCUUCUUGCUGUGGAUGCAGUGUGCACACCUUGCCUUAACAGUGAAUAACAAAACUGUUGUGAGGUGAGACAGGGCUUGCAAAGCCUUUUUAAUAAACUCACCUUUAUCUUGAGGCAGCUGUGAAUCUGAUAAAAAAAAGAUAGGAAUGAUUCAUGAAGGUAUUAUGCUUUGUUACUGGAGUGACUGUUUAUUGAGUAUGCAUUGGAGUCUGUAACAUUGGGACAGUGUUGCACAGGUUAAUGAGAUAACGCUUGACAGAGAAAUUACAGUGUGAGAUUAAUGAAUGGCUCAUAAACUGGAAGAUUAAAAAGGUAACUUUUGGUUUCAG